AUGGGGCCUCGAGCCGACGGGUCGCCCGCAGCGAACGGCAAAACGUGCGACCACUCCGCCCGCUUCACCGCCCCGCCUCGACCUGCCCGCCAGUUGACGCCGUUGCCUGCCCCACAGGAUCGGCUGGCGCCCGUGGUGCGGGCGGUGCGUGCCGCCGACUCCCCGGCGGAGCUGUACUCGCACCGGCCAUCGUUCGUGCGCUUCGUCUUCGCCCACGACGAGCUGGCCGCCCUGCUGGCACCGCAGGCGCUGCGGGCGUGGCUGGGCCGCCUGCGUCCCACCCUCGCCGCUCGUCCGGCCGCAACCGCCUCCACCGAAUUGACCGAUUCCACCGCCUCCGUCGCUUCUGCCACCUCGAGGGCAUCCGUCGCAUCCUCGUCCUCCUCCGCCGCCGUUGCCGCCGUCCCGGUGAUCCUCGACUCCGGCUCGUCCGUCCAGGAGAGCGGUCCCGGCACUGACAGAGGGAUCGAGUUCCUGUCCGGGGCGGAGGCCAUGGACGAGCGGAGUCACAUGGCGGCGAUGCUGGCGGUGUUGCAAAAGAGUUUGCACGCCGGCAGGGCCUUGUUGAAACUGGUGUGCAACGGUGAGCGCGGCGAGGCGGAGAGCGCCCUGAGCCUCACGCGGCGGUGGGCGUGCGCCGCCGCGUGCCGCUCACCCACGCUGCUGCUGCUGUGCUCCUCGCUCCCCGACGUCCUGCAGCGAGCCGCACACGGAGACGUGUGCAACCUGCCCCUCAUGCUCGGAGCUCUCUGCCACCUGCAGCUGCAGGGCGCCCUGGAUCACAGCUCGGAGGAAGUCUCCUUCCGGCUGCUCUACCAAGUGUUCCGGGUGGUGGAGCGAGUGAAGAGCGCGAGGGCGCCGGUGCUGCUUCCGGCGUUCUCCUUCGUGUACGCGAGCCUGGGCCAGGGAGCGGGGGACAGCUGGGGCCGCAACUCCGGGGACAGCCGCGCCGUGGCGUUGGCGCUGUCCAGCGAGCGGCUGCUGGCGCUGCUGCAGGAGGCGGUGCAGCCGCCGGUUGACGACGAGUCACCGUGGCCGCCACCGGCGUGGCCGUGCGAGUCGGAGCUGCUGGGCAGCGCUUGGCUGCUGCUCUCGGCGCUGCUCGGGUGCCAGGCGGCGCACGGCAUCGAGGUGCGUGGAUGCAUCAGUGUGGAUCCUCUUGUCCUGCUGGCGCCGCUCACCGGGAAGCGAGGAGCGUCUGGGCUGCUGCAAGUGUGCGCCCUGCAGCUGCUCAAGACGCUGCUGGGCUUGGGCUUCGCGUCGCCGCUGCUCCGCAUCCGCACGGCUACGGCCCCGAGCGACGCUCCCGCCAGCGACGUGGACGCCUCUCUGCGGCCGCUCUCAUUGGACCACGUCACACACCUCGCCGUCGCGCUGGACAGACACCUGGUGCAGCCCCAGGAUGCGCUGGCGCUGGCUGCUGUGAGCUGCCUCUGUGCCCUGCUGGAGUUCACAAGCGAGCGGAGCGGCCCCGUGGCGCACCACCUGGUGUCUCGCGCCUGGUUCCAGAAGCUCCCGAGUAACCUCGCCACCACCGUGCUGAUGAGCGGUGGCAACCCGUCCUCCGCGCUGCUGCUGCUGUCCGUGCUCCUGCAGCACGAGGGGAUCGGCUGGAGCGGCCCGCUGGAGACGCAGAGCUUCAUCGAGCCGCUCCUCCGCCUCGUCCUGCAACGGUCGACCUCCGGACUUGACCCCGUGACCUGGGCCGCCACUGUCGCCCUGCUCACACAGCUGGUGCAAAGUGGCCGGGACACUUCUUGGCUCCAGCCUCGCGAGGAAUGGCUUCGGAUUUUGCGGGACCCACAUCCUCACCAGGGCGCCCUCACCGACCUUGUCUCCAUCGGCUCCGUCACCGUCUCCCUCCGCCACCUCGCCGAGUGCACCAGCUGCUGCGACGCGGAGCGCCGUGCCGCCCUGCUGCUACCCCUGCUAAGCUAGCGCCCGACCGCCGUGGAUCGCGUUGGGGGUGGGCGGGGGGAUUGACCCGAUCCGGCCGAUGGGGCCGAUCAAAACGAUCGAUCCGAUAUCGGCGGGCCGAGCGCCGAUGAGUGUCCCCGCAUUUUUGCGGCAGGUUCUAACUGAAGGCUGAGUUUACCCAGGGCUAGCUCAGGACUGGUUCGGAUAUCACUCACCGCUGAUAUUGUCCCCCCCGCCCCGCCCCCCCCCCCGUCUCUCAAUCCUCCCCCAAGCGUGACCGUCGCCGACGCAUUCGCCCACGUCAGCAGAACAGGCCGAGCGUUUCUGUUGAACGUUUGUGGUAGGGGUCGGGAGCGUUUGGGUGUGCGUUUGUGGGCAGCGGCGGUGCAGCGGAUAGCGACCUGCGCUGCGAACCCGGCGACCCGAGUUCAAUUCCCGCUCGCGGAUAAAAUCGAAUAUCUGAACCAAGCCUGGGCC